AUGGACAGUGACAAUGGCACCAACUUCGAAGGCGCUGCGAAAGUCCUCCACCAACUCUACCAGCAAGAAUCACCAGAGAAUCAACAACUCCAAGCUGCUCUUGCCACAAAUGGAAUUCGCUGGGGCUUCAGUCCACCACGAGCACUUCAUUUUGGUGGCAAAUGGGAAGCAGCUGUGAAAUCGAAGAAACGUCACCUGAGAACAACACUGGGAGCAACGACACUCACCUAUGAAGAGCUCAACACCAUGUUGAUCCAGAUCGAAGCCUGCCUAAACUCCAGGCCGAUGUCAUCAAUGUCUGAUGGUCCAGACGAUCUCCAAGCGUUCACCCCAGAACACUUCCUGAUAGGUGAGCCACUUCAACUCAUCCCAGAGCCAUCGUACCUGGACGACAAUCCAUCCAGGAUGCACAGAUGGAACUUGAUCACCAAGAAAAUCCAACAAUUCAGGUCAAGAUGGUCCAAGGUAUGUCUCCAACGCCACCUCGCCACCUACAAGUGGAAUCACCGCCAAGAAAACCUCAAGGUCGGAGACAUGGUGCUAGUGGUGGAUGAAGACUUCCCACCAGCAAGGUGGCCACUAGCACGAAUCACAGUCAAGUCAGCCUACUCAGAGGUAGCCAGGUACGCUGACGGCACUCCUAAUCCAGAGGAGUACGAAACACGAGUCAGCACCUGGAAUCGACCCAUUACGAAGCUCUCCUACCAACAGAUCCACCAGGAGAAAAUCAACAGGAAAAUCAAGGGGACCCCCCGGAAGGGCAGGAAUGAGAGAUGA